AUAAGAAAAGAAAAGGCUUAAUAAUAAGGGGAAAGCAUAAUAAUUAGCAAUAUUAUUACUACUUGAUUACCAUUAAAGACUCGACCAACAGUGUCUCCCAUUCUCUUUUCGAUCCCUCGUAGCCUCGAACAAGACGCACAAAUUAUAAUAUUUAAACCCAAAAAAAUCGAAUUUUGUUUUGUGUUGGAUCUCAACAGAGCUGGCUUUUGAAGAUUUAUUAUAGACUGAAUAAGACCCGUUUUCGGGGGGUUUUGUUGGAACUGGAGAGUAAUGUGGGCAGUGUGGUGAUAAUUUUUGGGAUUGGAUUGGUGUGCACGAUAGUGUGGAAAUGGGUGAUGCAGCGGGAUUAAUGGAGGCCGCCGGGUCUAGAUUUACCUCGUUGGAGUUGAUUGGGAAAGGAUCGUUUGGCGACGUUUAUAAAGCGUUCGAUAAGGAGCUUAACAAAGAUGUUGCAAUCAAAGUCAUUGAUUUGGAAGAAUCUGAGGAUGAAAUUGAGGACAUUCAGAAGGAGAUAUCUGUUUUGUCACAAUGCCGAUGCCCAUAUAUUACAGAGUACUAUGGUUCUUAUCUUAACCAGACGAAAUUAUGGAUAAUUAUGGAGUACAUGGCUGGUGGCUCAGUUGCUGAUCUACUCCAAUCAGGUCAGCCACUUGACGAAAUGUCAAUUGGCUGUAUCUUGCGUGACUUGUUGCAUGCAAUUGAAUAUUUGCACAAUGAGGGAAAAAUACACAGAGACAUCAAAGCGGCAAACAUUUUGUUGAGCGAAAAUGGCGAUGUUAAGGUUGCAGAUUUUGGUGUUUCUGCUCAAUUAACAAGAACAAUAUCUAGAAGAAAGACUUUUGUAGGAACACCAUUCUGGAUGGCCCCAGAGGUGAUUCAGAAUUCGGAGGGAUACAAUGAGAAGGCAGAUAUAUGGUCUCUAGGGAUAACUACUAUUGAGAUGGCAAAAGGGGAGCCACCACUGGCAGAUCUUCAUCCAAUGAGGGUUCUUUUUAUCAUACCUCGAGAAAAUCCCCCUCAGCUGGAUGAUCAUUUUUCUAGGCCUAUGAAAGAAUUUGUUUCAUUAUGUCUGAAGAAAGUCCCUGCUGAGAGGGCAAGCGCGAAGGAACUUUUGAAGCACCGUUUUAUUAGAAAUGCUAGGAAGAGUCCAAGACUUGUGGAGAAAAUAAGAGAGCGUCCAAAAUAUCAAGUAAGGGAUUCAGAAACUCCUAGAGGUAGUCCAAAACCAAUGGGAGAGGCAUCUGGUACGGUGAAAGUUUCAAGAGAUACGAGAGAUGAAGGAACUGUUAAAGCCAGUAGUCAGGGAAAGCCCUUGAAAAAUGCUGGGUGGGACUUCAGUAUUGGUGGAUCACUGAGUAGUGGAACUGUGAGAAGUGUUCUAAGACCACCUCAGGUUAGAGAAAAGAAAACAGAAAUUUCAUACAAUAAGGUUACCCAAAGAAGUUCUGAGAGUGGUAACCAUUUGUUAUCUGCAUCUGGAAAUGCCCUUCAGGGAUCACCCGGACCAUUGCUCAGUAAAGAUGCUAGGGAUUCCCAAUAUGAUGGAUAUCUAGAUAAUUCUCAUGACUAUGAUGAUUUGUCUGUAAGUGGGUCAGGAACUGUUGUCAUACGAACUCCUAGGGUUUCUCAAUCGUCGAACGUGUUUCGAGAUCAAAGAAAUCUGUCUAGCAGCACACUUACUUCUUUUGAAGAUGCUUCUAGCAGUGGAACUGUCGUCAUACGUGGCCAAUAUGAUGAAUCCGAUUCUCCGCAGACUCCAAAAUCUAGACUGGGAAUACAAGAGAGAACUUCAAGUGCCUCACUGGAAGAUAGUGCAUUAAAUCUUUCUGAGGCAAAGGCUGCAAUGGAAUCAGGGAUCCGGAAAGGAAAUGCUAGAGAAAGGCCUGCUUUGCACAAGAUCAACAAUGAUGCAUAUGAAAUUAGAAGAAGAGAGCAAAUGACAAACAGCUCGGAUUCUUCCAGAAGUUCUCGCGAGUACUUUGAUGCACAACGAGCAUUUCCAAGAUCACGCCUAGAAAGUGAUGCCGAAGAAAAUGCAAAAGUAGUGUCAUCAUCAGCACCAUUAUCACUUUUGCUUAUUCCAUCCUUGAAAGAGGCGUAUGCUGAUGAUCCAGAAGGAUCAUUUGUGCAUUCUUUCACAAAUUCACUUAUACAUAUGGAGCGAACGAAGCCUGGAUCUACUGAUGUCUUCGUUAGAAGUUUGAUUCGGCGCCUGUCAAGUUCUAGUGGUUUAUGCAGUUCCAAAGAAUCGUCGAUGAAAGAUCUACAGGAGCUAGCAGCCCGUUUGUUUAACAAGGGCAAGUCAGCUCUUGAAGAAACGCAAAAUGCAAAUACAGAAGCUGAAAACAAGAGGAAACAACAGAACAAAGACUUCAAUUCAAAUCCUAAUUUAAACCCGCUUGCAAGGUUUUUGCUUUCAAGAUGGCAAAGCCAAGUUUCACGAGACGUCAAUCCAACUUAAAAGAAAGAUUGGAGCUUGAUUACACCUUUGUUUGGUAGUGUGUUAAUUGAUGCAUUCUUUCAGAUUUUGAUGUACAUAUCAUUGUAAGAAAUGUGCAUUCAAAAAACAUUUUACUUACUAUAUACUAUGACUAUUUUCCUUUCAUAGUUCCAUUUGCAGUGGUGAAUACCUGUAUAAUUAGGUGGUUUUAUUAUUGUUAUAUUGAUAAAUGUAACUAAGUCUGACAUUAAUUGUAUUUAUUAAUAUAUUGGAGUAACGGCAAUUUUGCGAUUAA